AUGAGACAUCUUGUUCCUGCUGCUUCACUCCUUGUUGCCCUUCAUCUCGAGCAAGUCUUAUCGUUCCAUACGAUCCCUUCCAUCCGGACAAGAGCAGCAAACCUCCGCGCACAACACCUCAACCAGAAUGACACUCCGUUCAUCGAGGCGCUGUUGGUUCAGUCACAAGAUAGCAACCAGCGAGCAAGCCGCAAAGUCAAGACUUCCUUCUUCUUCCCUGGGCAUCAGCUGGGCAGAGGAACUCCAUCAGUGUUGGACCACAACGUCAUGUGCGGCAAAUCGGUGAUGCUUCUGAGCACGAUCCUGAUGACAGAAAUUCUCAAGUAUGACCUUCCAGAGGACAUCGAAGACAUCGACUGCCUGAGGAGCGAGGUCGACUUUCUUCCUGUGCAACGGCAGCACGCUUUUCAAACGGUCAAGACGAACGAUGUCGGAAAGGAUCUUGAAGAGGCCUUGGCAGCAAAUGAAGGGAACGUUGCAGCAGUCCUGAUGGUACAUGCUGCUCUCGGGGCAGGAGAAGUUUUCCUCAUCGUUAUCAGUUGUCGCCGACAUACUAUGGAUCGAUCCUGGAUGUUAGAGCAGUUCAGCAAAGACUUCGUCAAGAGGAAUGCUGGAUCCCACUUAUCGUGGAUGAAGCCCACGGAUCGCAUCUCCGUUUCCUCGCCGACGCAGGUCAUCUUCCUCCUUGCGACGGCCUAUCCUCAGGUGCUGAUUUGGUUGUUCAGAGCAUUCACAAGACUUCUAGCUUCUCUUGAUGCUACAAGAUGGCAGUUUGGAAGUGAGGGAGGAGGAGGGCGACUCAAACACUUCAAGCUGCUAGAGCAGGAGCACCGCAUUCAGACUUGUAUCGCACUGGACCCUCUGCGUCUCACCCUUCUCACUCCUCACGGACUCUCCGCGGAGGACGCGGCGGAGCUUCUUGAGAGCAGGCAUGGAGUGUACGUCGAGAUAUCGGAGGGUCGUCUCCUCACCGCAGCUCUCGGAAUUGCUUCAACUGCACAAGACUGUGCCAAGCUUGUACGAGGCCUCCGUGUGCUGGACCAACAGGCCAGUUCUAGCCACAGAGAACGAGAGGAGAGAGCGGGGAUGGUGGCGGAGGAGGAAGAGAUCUCGGUUGAUAACAGCGCCGGGCGAACGAGUGCGGAGACCCUUGUGACGUAUCCUCCAGGGAUUCCCAUCCUCUUUCCUGGCGAGAUUAUCACCCAGCCUGCUGUCGCAGCAUUAAAACGAGCACGAAUAGACAAAGUAAGAGUCUGCAAAAUCGGUUUGUGA